AUGUCUUCACCUCUAUUGGCUGAGCUUGCCCGGAGUAAUAAGAAAGUAAAAAAUGUGACCCAUGCGGGGUUUGGUGAUGGCCAAGGGUUGGGGCGCCCUCAGUUUGAUCAGAGUCAUGAUUUUCGACCGCCUUCUCCACCGCCGUCCUUCAAGGAUAAAUUGGUGGGAGAGAUACCGGGAGCUUAUACACAAGCUUUCAACUUUGCGGAACUCAUGGAGGAUGAUGUGGAAUCUGAUGAAGAAGAAGUUGAAGAGCUUCGUGUAGGGCUGGCUGCGAUGAAGUUUACUAAGGAGUUCAAACAACAAAUCAGGUCUCCUUGGUAUAAAGCUCUAAUAGUGAAGGUUUAUGGUAGAACGGUGGGCUUUAACAUCCUACAUGCAAAAAUUCAUAGUCUCUGGAAACCAGUGGGACGAUUGGAUUGCGUCGGACUUGGCAAUGAUUUUUUCCUCAUCAGAUUCGCACAGAAGGAAAAUUUUGAAGCCGUGUUAAAAAAGGGUCUGUGGUUCAUAGGUGAGCAUUUCUUGUCCAUUAGACCGUGGGAGCCAUAUUUUAAACCGUCGUCGGCUAACGUAUCCUCAGUGGCGGUAUGGAUUAGACUCAAUGAACUGCCCAUUGAGUUUUAUAACGCCGAGGCGUUACACCAGAUAGGGAAAGCUAUUGGUAAUGUUCUAAGAGUGGACACUCAUACUGCUUCUGAAUCCAGAGGAAGAUUUGCUCGACUGUGUGUGCAAGUUGAUGUUGAUAAGCCCCUUAUUGACACGGUAUUGAUUGGGAGGUUUAAGCAACCAGUAACUUAUGAAGGCAUUAAUAGACUGUGUUUUUCGUGUGGGAGGAUGGGUCACCGGCGGGAGAGUUGUCCGUACACUAUUAAGGAUGAGAAAGCUCCAAUGGAGAAGGAAGAGGGUGACAGCGUGGAUCGAGCUAGUCACCCAUGCAAUUCCCAUGUUGCUGACAUUUCUGUAUGGGAAAAAGGGACCACAUCUGAGGCACUAGAGGACAACUAUGGUUCGUGGCUGCUGGUUUCAUGUAAAAGGAAUGGGACAAAAUGA